UCCAAGCUCUCUCAGAGCGCACAGUGGAGCAGUGACUCGGAUCGAGUUACAACACAACACCAUUUAUUCACACCUGACUGGCAUGCAGGUCUUGCUUCCUGUCCUCCUAAUCUCACGCCAUCUUUAAUCUUCAGCCUCUGCUUUUACAGGCUGGAACGAGACUUUGCAGUGAAAUGGCACUCGUUCCAGUUUGAGACGAUUGACCCUGGAGCUGAGCUGGGGACAGAACGGCCUGGUUUUAGAAAUGUCCACCUCUCAGCCACGCAUGCUCAUCCACGUCGGGGAUGGAAGAACUUUCUCAAGGACAAGAUUUCUGUCUCUACUCAACACCUAUAACUGCUUUCUGAAGGACAAGACUCAUCUGCAGCUCAGUGUCAAUGAGAACCCUGCUGGUCGGGUGUUCCUCGAGGGAUAUCUGGUCAUCUCUUGGGGUAUGAAGAGACCAAUCAGGCUCAAAAUCCAAGAUGAGAAACAGAUGGCGGCAUUAAACCGCUCCAAGUCUCAGGAACAUUCUCCUGACCCAAUCAGCCCACCUGGAAAUAAGAGGGGUAUGACCCGAUGGGGAGAAUUUGACAACCUCAAUCACAUUGAUGAAUUAGAAGAAACCACUCAAGAUGGAUUAGAAACACUUGACAACAGUUGUUCUACAGACCACAGGCAGUACGAGAGCCAGACGCUGAGGGUGGCCCGAAAUGAACCUGUCACAGAGAACUCCAUCCUGUUCCGCACCAUGAGUGACGCCUCUCUGGUGAAGAAAAGAGUGAAGACCAAAGGGGCAGAGGAAAGACAGAGCAACAGACAGCAUCGCUUCUCCAUUAACGGCCAUUUCUAUAACUAUAAGACGUCGAUAUUUACUCCGUUCUAUGGGACAGCCACAAACGUCCGCAUAAACAGCACAAUGAGGACACAGGAGGUCAUCUGGCAGCUCCUAAAUAAAUUUAAGAUAGAAAACGAUCCCAGUGAAUUCGCCUUGUAUUGUAUCCAUCAAAGCGGAGAAAGGAAAAAGCUGGGAAACUCUGACCUUCCUCUCUGGGAGCGCUUUCUUCAAGGGCCAUCCGAGGACAUCAUGAGAGUCUUCCUCAUGGACACGGAUGAACAAGAAGUUAGCAUGGAUGUAGCACAAUAUGUGAAUUUAGAGCUUCCUAUUCUUCAGCGAGUUCUGCGGAAACUACAUGAGGACGAGAACAAAGAGAUACAGCGUGUUGUCAACAAGUACAGGCACGAGCACCAUCUCCUAACACAAUGCCUGAACUCGAAGAUGACAUUAAAGACUGAGACGACUGUAUAAAAGUCCUAGAGGACUAAAAGUAUGAAAGUGCGUUCCAUUCGUUUCCAAAAGCACAUUUAUAUUCGUUUUGAAGGGAUUUUUUUUAUUUUUUUAUAAACUCUAAUGUGAGCUGUCUAACUUUAUAAGAUUGUACUAUAUAUAUUCUAUUAAUGCAUCUGUCUCAGUGUAAUUUAAAAUCUACUGGUUCAAUUCUAAAUAUAAUUAAUAGGCAUUAGUCUAAAUAAGCACUAACGAGGGAAACAUAGGAGACGGUAUGACUUUAGGGUCUACUGAAAAAUAAAACAAUGUUGUGGCAGUAAAUGAGUAAUGAGGCUCCAGCUGGUGUGAUACUGCAGGGCUUUGGCAGUUGUGCACUCAGUCUGCUGCUCUGAGUAAAUGCUGAACACUGACACGUGACUCUUCCACAGAAGUUCCAUCAUCGUUACCACCGGCAUCCGAAUCCAAGUUUCCAGCUGAAUGUUAUGUGUUUAUUAGUAUGCACUUUUACAUCUGUGGGCAAAGGCUUGUAUUCCUCAUGGUUUCGGGCCCAGAAAAUUAAGAAAUAAAUGUAUUUCUACAACAAUAGAAACCCAUUUAAAAAAUUUAUAUUUACAAUUAAUAUUGUCAUAUGCACGAUUUGUAUAUAUUCAUUACUUGCAUUCAUUCAAUACAGUGAGGAGAGUCUG